CUACUCCAAGCUCAUGAAACCAGAUAUACUGCAGUGGACAUCCUCAACUACAUCCACAGCUCAUAUAUUCCGGUCCCUUUCUGGGAUUUCUACGACUUUCAGGAAUUUACACCAAAAUUUCCAACCAAACCAGACCCUUCAAACAAGCCUGAUCCUUUAACAGAACCUGAUUCUGCAACUGAUUCAGGUCCUAUAACCAAAUCAGAUCCUUCAACCAAACCAGAUCCCCCAAUCGAACCAGAUUCUCCAACCAAUCCAGAUCCUCAAACCAAUCCAGUUCCUCCAAUCGAACCAAAUUCUCUAACUAAUUCAGAUCCUCCAAUUGAACCAGAUCCAUAUACCAAUCCAGAACCUCUGACCAAUUCAGAUCCUCCUACAACUCCAGAUCCUCCAACCAGUCCAGAACCUCGGACUGAUUCCGAUUCUCCAAUCAAUAUAGACCUUCCAGCCAAGCCUGAUUCAUCUACCAAACCAGAUCCUCCAACCCAUCCAGACCCUCCAAUUGAACCAAAUCCUCCUACCAUUCUUGAUCCUCCAAUCGUACGAGAUCCUCCAACCAAUCUAGUUCCUGCAACCAAUCCAGAGCCUCCAUCCACUCCAGAUCCUCCAAUUAAACCUAAUCAUCCAAUCAACCCAGAGUCUCCAUCCCAUCCAGACCCUUCAUUUGGACCAGAUCCUCUAAUCGAACCAGAUCCUCAUUUUAAAUAUCUGGUAUACAAACCCUUUCCAGUUCAUUCCAGUCUUAAUUUAAGAUCUGGUAUACAAACCCUUUCAGAUUUAAUCCAGUCUAAAUACAUGGAUCUGGUAAACAAACCAUUUCAGUAUCGUUCCCAGUUUAAUUACAAGAUCUGGUUUACAUACCCUUCAUGUCAAUUACAGUUUAAGUUCUGGUAAACUAAUAAUUUCUGGUCCGAAUUAGAAAGAAAAGAUUUAAAAUUCGGUGUUAAUGAUGCUCAAAUCCCCACAGAGUAAAAAAAAUAGGCGAUAGUACCAAAUAUUGUUGAAAAUAUUUCGAUCUGGGUUGAACCUCUUCCGUUCUUGAGAUUCAAACCAAAAAGGAAAGCUCUUGUCUGGUAUCCAAAUUUUAUCAGGUUAAUACUGGUCGGAUUUCUUCACCCUUUAGGUUGAAACUGGUUUUGAAACUUGUCUGGUCUGCACCAGACCCUUCAAGUUCAUUCCAGGCUGAUCAAAAUUUUGAAACUCAUCUUUUUUAAUAAUAAAUCGAUUGAAAGUAAUAUAUAAAAUACAAGGCCAUAAAGUUAAUAUUUUUGAAGAAAUUAAUAAAAAAUUCCUUCGUUAAAAUCCGCACCAACAUUGAAAUUAAAAAUUGUUAAAAUUGAAAACAAAAUUAUGUAAAAAUUGAUGAAAAAAAGAUUCUUAAGAUUCAAAAUGAAACUGUGCCAUCCUUUUAUCCUUAACCUUGACAGAUGCCUUAUGCAUCUAAAUUAUGAAUUCAAUAGAACAUGUGCGAGCACUGCGCAGUUAAUCCUUGCGCGCUCCCGGUAGCAAAACAAUAUAAAGAUUCUACUUAAAUAUUUUGCUCGUUAUCUUAAUUAUACAUUCUAUACCAUCUCAGCAUGAGGAAGCCUGGUUGCAAAAGUUCCCGCGGAAGCCAGUUAAUAAGCUUGUUUUUCAAUUCAAUAGAAGAAAUUUUAUUCCAGGUUUCCUCUUUAAAAGCAAGAAAUAAGCCAGGUUUCCUCUUUUGAGCAGGAAUUAAUCCAGGUUUUCCACUUAAAAGCAGGAAUUGAUCCAGGUUUUCCCUUAAAAAGUAGGAAUUGUAAUCCAGUUUUCCUCUUCAAAAGCAGGAAUUAAUCCAGGAUUCUAUUUAAAAUCAGGAAUUAAGAUACAGGUUUCCCAUUUAAAAGAAGGAAUUAAUCAAGGUUUUAUUUUUAAAAUCAGGAAUUAAAAUAUAGGUUUCCCCUGUUGAAGUAGGAAUUUAAGGAGGUUUUUUCCCUUUAAAAGCAGGAAUUAAUCCAGGUUUCCAGUUUAAUAGAAAGAAUUCCGGGUUUUGACUAUUUAAGUAAAAGGAAUCCUACAUGCAGCCAUGUAUCUAAUGUAAUAAAAGUAAACCCAUGUUUACAUUCAUAUUUACCUAAGGGAUGGGAAUAAUAAGGUUUUCAAAGCAGUAGCAAUUGAAAUUCAAGUUUAAACUCCUGUAGUAGAUAGAACCCAAGGUUAUCCUUUCGUAGAAGUUAUUAAAAUUAUUGAUUUUGUGAAAUAACUGCUUAUUAAUAAUUGUCAAUAUUCAGUUAAAAGGAAUUGAA